CCUUUAGAAAAUGUGAGUGGAUUUAUUCAGUCCCAUCAUUCACCUCAAUAACGUACAUCAAUGUACACUGAACUGCUAGCUGCUACUGAAUUAAUUCCCAUGUCAUGCCAAAUGAUUGCCAGGGAUUUUUUUAUUGAUUUUCUAUGAAAUUGGGCGUUUCCAUCCAUCGUUUCUGAAUACUUUAAAAUGCGCAUAGAAAAACGCAAAUAUGUUGGAUAAGGUCAAGACAGAAAUAGUAAGAGCAGUCGUUUGUCUUGUAAGCGCGCGAGUGACGAGGUGAGAGACCAAACAGACAGUUUAUUAUAAUAUCGUGUUGUAGUUUGUUGUGUGUCAGCGAGCGAGCGAACACCAAACUACAGGACAGCUGUUCCCCGCGCGCUCCCGCUGUUUCUAGGGAGACUGCCUGCUCAUCGACCUGUUGCUCUCCAUCUCGUUACUGUUAUGAUGCGCGCGCCCUAUUAACAGCGAAAUGAGGUUACCGUUUACGACGUUCACUUGUUUGCUGUCGGUUAAUAUGUAGGCAGACACACAUUCCUUUUUCUAAUUUCUUUGCUCCUUUCUGUCCACGCACACAGACAGCGUCCCGUUUUACAAAAGUGCGUGCACGCGCGCAUAUCCUGCCUCUCUCUCUCUCUCUCUCUCACACACACACACACACACACACACACACGCCCAUGAAACACUCUCCUCCUCCUCCUCCCUCGGCUCAUCUUCCCUUCUGUCCUUCUAUCUGUUUCUCUCGAACCCUCACUGUUCUUUUGAGCUCCGUCUGUUUCACUCUUCCAUUCAUCCCUCAUGCACCUCUUUCUCUCUCUCUCUCUCUCUCUCUCUCUCUGUCUGUCUGUCUGUCUCUUUAAUUCUCUCUCGUCGCUUAUGAACGGGAAUAUUCUGACAUGCUGGAGAUGAGUUUAAGUGGGCAUCUGGAGAGCCUCCUGUUUCCGCCUCCUCGUGUUGCUUUACUACCAUGAGCAGUUCCACUCCAUCCACAGCUAAUGGCACUGACAGUAAAACGUAUAAAGGAGAACGAUCUCCUUGUGGCCCUUCCCGCGUCCUCCACGUCCGCAAAGUUCCCAUCGAAGUGUCUGAGGCAGAGGUCAUCUCACUAGGAGUCCCUUUCGGCAAAGUCACCAACUUGUUGAUGCUUAAAGGGAAAAACCAAGCUUUUAUAGAAAUGGCUUCUGAGGAAGCAGCAAUCACCAUGGUCAACUACUACACCACAGCCACACCCCAUGUCCGCAACCAGCCCGUCUACAUCCAGUAUUCCAACCACCGUGAGCUCAAGACUGAUAAUCUGCUCAAUCAGGGGAGGGCUCAGGCUGCUCUGCAAGCUGUCAAUGCAGUGCAUUCUGGGAAUAUGAGUCUCUCUGGGACUGCAACAGCCAGUGACGGUAGAAUGAUGCCUGGACAAAGUCCUGUGCUUCGUAUCAUUGUAGAGAAUCUCUACUACCCAGUGUCUCUAGAAGUGCUACACCAGAUCUUCUCAAAAUUCGGAACGGUCCUGAAGAUCAUUACCUUCACCAAGAACAACCAGUUCCAGGCCUUGCUACAAUAUGCAGAUCCAAUGAACGCACAUCACGCCAAAGUGGCUUUGGAUGGGCAGAACAUAUACAACGGCUGCUGCACUCUGCGUGUUGAAUUCUCCAAGUUGACCAGUCUGAAUGUGAAGUACAACAAUGACAAGAGCAGGGACUUCACACGUCUAGACCUGCCCUCAGGGGACGGGCAGCCCACGCUGGACCCCUCCAUGCAGACCGCUUUUGGGGCUCCUGGGAUCAUUUCCUCUCCAUACCCCGGGGCGCCUGGUUUCGCUCCUGCUAUCGGUUUCCAUCAGGCAGGUCUGUCUAUGCAGGCCAUGCCUGGUGCUCUGGGACCUCUUACCAUCCCUUCAUCAGCAAUGACAGGACGGAUGACCAUCCACGGCAUGACUCCCACCACCAUCCACUUUGUGCUCCUCGUCUCCAACCUAAACCCUGAAAGCAUAUCACCACACGGGCUCUUCAUUUUAUUCGGAGUGUACGGAGAUGUUCACAGAGUCAAGAUUCUGUUCAACAAGAAAGAGAAUGCCUUAAUACAGAUGGCAGAUGCCACGCAAGCCCAGCUCGCCAUGAGCCAUUUGAACGGUCAGCGUCUUCAUGGUAAGGUGAUCCGUGUGACCAUCUCGAAGCACCAGACAGUGCAGCUCCCCAGGGAGGGUCAGGAGGACCAGGGCCUGACCAAAGACUUCAGUGGGAGCCCGCUGCACCGCUUCAAAAAGCCUGGCUCCAAGAACUUCCAGAACAUCUUCCCUCCCUCCGCCACCCUGCACCUCUCAAACAUCCCUCCCUCCACUACGGAUGAUUUUCUGAAAGACCUGUUUGCCGGUUCUGGAUACACAGUCAAGGCCUUCAAGUUUUUCCAGAAAGACCGCAAAAUGGCGCUGAUCCAGCUGGGUUCGGUGGAAGAAGCCAUCCAGGCUCUUAUCGACCUUCACGACCAUGACCUGGGAGAAAACCACCAUCUGCGAGUGUCCUUCUCCAAAUCCACCAUCUAGCACCGCCUUCACUACAAACACACCCUUUCCCCAUCCUCCCCGUUCCAGCCCUUAAACCUUCAGCAGUCUGACUGUUUCGUUCAGAGAAUAAGACUGGCUGACAAACUAUAAAAAAACUAUUAUAGAUAUUCAUGGGGUAGUUUUAGAGAUUUUCAAAAGAAAGAUAAAAAAGCAAAUUAGAGACUACUGCAGAACCUUUAGAGAGUUUCAGAGUGAGUAUGAUUUACUCUCACGAAACCAGGGCUGAAGACACAUGGGAUAUCCAUGACAAUGUGACAUUUCUGGGAACCUCCGUGUGGAGGAAGUAGGACUCCCCCUUUAGUCGACUGGCGAGGACUUUGUUGAUAUGAAACGCAAACUAACAUGAGGUGAACAUUCUCAAAAAAGUCAAUGCUGAGGAAGUUUCUUCACUGCACACUUGCCGAUUACAUUGGAGACUGACGCUCCUGUAGCCCAAUGGCCUUGAUACCCCAGACCUAAUUGAGGGCAGGGUCUCCUCUGUGCCUCCUCCAAAAAAUAACACCUUAAUUUUCAUUGGCUAUUUCAACGGAGCGCCGCAUUUCCCGUGGGAUGUGUUGAACGCACGGUCACCGGUUGAAUGUCACUGACGUCAUCAUCAAGGUGCUGCUGGAGAAAAAAAAUCUGUAGCGACAGUCUCAACCAAUGGGCUUGUCCUUUUUCUUCAAAGUAGCAUUAAAACAAGAGUGCUAUGGAUUCAAGAAUGAGUGCAUUUAAAAUUCGCAGCAUACAAAUCUUUUGUUUCUCAGCACUUUGA